AUGACUCGAGCUCAAAUUACAGACAAAAACCUAAUUCCAAACAUCAAAACAGGGGGCAAGCAAUCAUUCAUCUUUUUUUGCGUUUGCGCAAACAGAUUACAGAGCGAACAUGAGUCAGCACAAAGAGAUCCAGCAUUCCCUCACCGGAAAAUCCGAGCUGGCGGCGAUUAUCUACGCAUGGCUUUCCAUCUUUUGCGGAUAAGGAAGAUCGGAAAAAGGUUGGAGGAGCAACUGAAAAUUGGAAAGAAAGAAAAAAAGGCUGAUGGAUUUGGUUUUGGUGGGGUGGGUUUGAUCGAGGGUUUUGCGGAUCGGGAGUGUGGGGACACGUGUCGGUCAUCGCAUCGAGAACCUCUUUACUGGGUUGGGGAUUCUGUGUGGGCG